AUUCGGAAUAUAAAAAUAAACUAGUAAUUUUUGAAAUGAAUGUCUUUUAUCCAUGACAUUCUUGACACUCUAGAACAGGUUGGUAAACACUUGAGUUGUUCCGGAAUUAGGACGCUGGGCUAUUUUGCGCUACUUCACCUUAUUGUAAGUAAUAUGGUGUAGAAAAAUACAACAUAAAUUCGUAAAUAAAUAAGUAACAACUUAAUAAAACACCUUGCAGGUGCAAUGAAUCAUUCAGUAUUUCAUACUGCAUUUCACUUUGAAAGUAAAGUUACGCAAAGUUUACGUAAUCGUCACCCAUAAAAUAUGAUCUUACGCUACGCUAUUAUCGGAUGUGAGAAGGAGAAAAGGGGCACGCAUCCACGCUCAUAAUAGCCCAAAAGAGGGUAUCUGAGCAUUUCAGCGCACUCAGUUUUAUGACGUAGUACACCCGCGCCUUCUUUCUACUAUUGUUCUCGGAAACCGCCGAGGAUCUAUGUGUACAUUAUAAGCGCUAAACUUUCGCAAAUCAGUAUAGUAUUAGUGCCGACAUCGCAUCGAAGACAUAAUCAACCGUUUCAAAAAAUAUUAUAUUUUUGAGUUUUCACUCAAAUAAUGUACAACGUUAUAGUGCUCUCACUGUUCUUUCAAGCGGCAAUCGCAGUCAGCAGAGAUAGCUGUACUUCCUCUAGAACUAUUGCAAGAUACGUGAAUGAAAUCCAAACCUUGGGGGCAGAUGAUAUACUUUUAGAAGGGAAAUACGUAUCAAUGUCCGAUGAAAAAUUCAGAUUCACUGUCACUCACACUUGGACCAUUCAUCAUGGUGGAUUGAAAGAUGGGGCCGCUUUGUAUGUAAACAAGAAUGCUGAUAUGAAAGAAUGUUUUGACGAACUUACAUUUAAAGAAAAAUACAUGCUCCUGUUACAAAAAACUGGCGAGCCUAACUUAUUUAAUGCCAAACUCGCCCCCCUUUCUCUUAAAAAGCGAGGACAUCGAGAACAACUUUGGGACAUGAUGUGCGAAUUACCGGAAAAUAAUUGCAGCAUGACGAUAUCAAGUGAUGUUUUGCCACCUGUUAUCCAGCUUUUUCCAGAAAUGAAUUCUUUUUUGAGAUGCAGAGUAAAAUCUAGAUCGCGUAUCACCGAGAUUCGUUGGCUGAAAGACAGCGUUGACAUCGAAGAAGAGGGCGGUGAAGUUUAUGCAGCAAAUGGAGUUUUUGUACGAGGCCCAAGCUUACGAUCAGGUACAAGCGAUCUUGUUGUCUUUCACGCGCAUAGAAUGCAUUCGGGAAUUUACUCAUGCGUGGCGAAAAACGCUGGAGGAGAAACGGUGCAGCUAAAAACUCGUCUUGCUGUUGGCUCUUUAUCAGAAGCCUUCGAACCGUGUCCUUCCUCUGCUGCCCAUUAUUGUCAACAUGGCGCAAAAUGCAAUGCCGUGAGAGGAUUUCCAAAUGAAAUAUUUUGUGAAUGCAAGCCUGGAUACAAGGGAGCUAGAUGUGGAGACGCAACAGUGCCUGAUGUCGAGGCAGUUUCAAGUAACGAGAAAGCGCUCCACAAACAAGUUUAUGAACUGAGAAUAGCUCUCGUUGCAGUAAUAUCUGCCCUCGUUGUUGCAACUCUCGUAUGCACUAUUGUAGUAAUUGCAUUUGUUCGAUUUCGUAGGAAGAAAAGUUACAAUUCGACAACAUGUAGUUCCCAACUAGAAACGGAAAAUGGAGAAAUUACGCCAUUAAAAGUCAAUUCUGAUUUAAAUAUUUCCCCGGAAAAAACAAACAAAGUAAUCUUAAACUACGAAAUGAAUGGCGAUAACGGUUCAAUACGUAGUCAGCGACAAAGGUUCAAAAGCCUAAAUUUUUCGGACAGAGAACUUAAAAUGAAUGGACAUAACAGCCCACAGAUUUAAUCCGAAACAUAAUAUUCCUUUGGAAUACAAUGAAAAAAUUUGACAGAUUUUGACGGAGAGAAAAAGUAGAAUUAUGUGCCAGAAAAGUGGAGAAUUUACUAUACUUGUUUUUUAAAAUAUGCGUUUCAGAGAAUUGUCCUAACUGAUUUAGACUAAAUGAGUAGAAUUAAAAAAAAAACGUUUUAGGUUCACUCGAAAUACAGCGCCUCCUGACGUAUUUGCUGCUAUUGGACUUUUUAUUUUUGUUUGCUACUGUUUAAUAUAUUGUUAUUUAUUUAUUUAUAUAAGUUAUGCUUCAUGCGUUUAUGGUAUUAUACGGAUCAUCUCUUGGACAAGAGAGCGAUUUGGAAAUGCUUAUACCUUCUGAAAACAUUUUGGUUAAGCGGUUUCUACGUUAUCUUAACAAUGUAAGAAGGCGAAAACUUGCAAGGAAAUUACCAUGACCAGUUAGAAGAUUAUACAUAACAUCAAUGUUGUUUUGGAUUUUGUGUGAUUUUUUUGUCUAAUUUUUGAAGAUAACGGAACGACAUAUUCGACCGAGAAGAUCGAAAUCCACUGUAAAUCUAGCCCAUACGCCGGUGUAGAACACAGUUAUAUGACAUGAUGACUUACGUAUGGCUAAAUAUAUUAUUCAUUUCUAUCUCUAAUAAAUAAUAACUCCAAGUAACUAAUUUAUUUCAAGUGUCUGACAUAUUUACGUUGCCAUUAUAAAGAUUAUUACGUUGACAGGAGAAGAUCCGUUUUUCUUAUUUUGUCUCAAAAUAUUUUUAA